AUGCGCCAGAAGGUUCCCUUCGGCAUCGCUCAGAUCGGCAAGGCUUUCCGCAACGAGAUCACUCCAAGGCAAUUCCUCUUCCGGUCACGGGAGUUCGAGCAGAUGGAGAUCGAGUACUUCAUCGAUCCCGAGGCGGACUUCCGGCAGAUCCAGGAAGAAUGGAUCCAGGAGAUGUGGAACUUCCUGAAGGCGGUGGGCCUCAAUGAGUCCCUGAUGGACCGGGAGGUGCACGAGGGAGCGAAGCUGGCGCACUACGCGAGGGCCUGCACGGACAUCGUCUUCCGGUAUCCAUUCGGCACCCAAGAGCUCUUGGGCGUUGCUGCUCGCGGCGAGUACGACCUGCAGCAGCACGCCAAGGCCAGCGGCCAGGCCAUGGAGUACCAGGUGCCGGGGCAGAAGCGGAAGUUCGUGCCGCAUGUCAUCGAACCCUCCUUGGGAGUCGACCGGCUCUUCUUGGCACUGCUCUGCAGCGCCUACGACGAGGACGUCGUGGACAAGGAGUCGCGCUCCUUGCUGAGGUUCCAUCCCUGCGUGGCGCCCAUCACCUGCGCGGUCUUCCCGCUCAUGAAGAAGCCCCCCGCACUGGCCGAGAAGGCCAAGGCUUUGGCAGCACGGCUCCGGCAGCGCGGCUGGAACGUCCUCUACGACGAGGCUGGAAGCAUCGGGAAGCGCUACCGGCGCAUGGACGAGGUUGGGACACCCUUCUGCUGCACCGUGGACUUCGACACUUUGGAGGACGACACGGUGACAGUGCGGCGCCGGGACGACCCCCUCGAGGUUACCCGGAUGCCUUGCGACUCCAUCGCGAUGUUUCUGGACGACGAGUGCCAGCUGCCGAUGUGA